AUGAGGAGUUAAGCCAGCGUGUGCUGUGAGGAAUCAGCGCAGCGACAAAGACGCAUGAUGUGGUGUCGCGCGGAAUACAACAGUUUUGUUUGAAAUGGGGAACUGCUCGGAGAGGAUGAAUUGCGUGCAAAGUCGUGCGGCUUCCUGCUGAGGAGAGUUAUCCAGCGGCUUCCCCCGGAUGAGCACGAGUCCACGGCGAGACAUGCGGCUGCUUCAGUGCGUGGGACUCACGGCGCUUCUGCUGUGCGCAGUGGCGGACAGCAAGGUGAUCCUGGAGGGCCUGCAGAGGUAUGGCCCAACUCCAAUCUAUCUGCCUGUCAGCUACCGCAUCCUCAAUGCUGAGUCAGCAUUCUUCCUACAGGAAGCAAACCAGGACUUAAUGAGGAACUCCAGCCUGCAGGCUCGCACAGAGUCCUUCUUCAUUCACCAGGCCCGGCAAAUGCCCUUUGUCAAUGCUAGCUACGGGCCGCUGUCUGUGCAGCAGCCCGUCCCUCUGGAGCUGUUGCAAACCCUGCCGGGGUUCUUCAGUACACCCUCCUUCACUCCAUCAUCAGUGCCAACAUCAGCAUCAUCACCGCCUCUGUUUACAUUCAACUGGAAGGUCCAUACCUAUAUUAUCAGCGAGAGUAUUCACCCCAGCUGGCCAAAGGUUCAAGUUUUGUUCUACAUUGCAGGGAGAGACUGGGACGAUUACAGCGCCAUCCACAAGCUGCCCUGCAUCAGGAUGUUCGCCUUCCAUGAGACUCAAGAGGUGCGUGGCACAUGUAGGCUAAAAGGUGAGUUGGGGAUAUGUGUUGCCGAGCUGGAGCCCCUGGCCAGCUGGUUCAGCCUUCCCACUGUCAGGCCAGGGAGGCAGAGGGUCUCUGAGCGGGCCCAGGGCACUCCUGUGGAGCUCUACUACAUGGUUCAAACCACAGACAACGGAGACUGCAGCUCAGAGGAUUCAAGAAAGGGCAACUCUGUUCACACAGACCAGCAGAGGCCCAUGGGAUAUUAUGCAGGGCAUACACCUAUGCAGCGCAUUGGGAGUGUCAGACUGUUUCAGCCGCUGUCGGAGCUCAAGCUGGACAAUAACUUUGUGGUGAUGGCACCCUCCAAACCCAUCCGGCAGAGAGAAACAGUCUCGGCUUUUCUGGCUCUGUCCAUGCUUUCCUCAGUGCAAAUUUUUACCCUCAGGGUCAAGCUGAAAGAAGGCGUGGCGUUCCUUGGAGCCAGAGCCAGUAACCCGGUUGCGUGGACAGUGAGCCAGGAUGUCAGAAGUGAAGGUCACAGAAUUGUCACCCUUCACUGUCGGAGGAAGGAGAGCAGUUUUAGUCAAAGAGUGGAGGCGGCGGGCUACCAGCGAGUGCUGCAAGUGGAUCUGGAGGUGAACGGGCUGAUGGUGAUUCAGGGGGGGAGGGAGGUGACGUGGCAGGUCGAGUAUCCGCUCACCCGCACCCUGACCAGUGAGGUGCAGACCCUCAUCCGCCUGGCACCACAGGACUUGGGUGGCAUCGUGCCACUAGCCAUGGACACUGAGAUCCUGAACACGGCUGUCCUCACUGGGCGUACGGUCGCCAUGCCAGUAAAGGUAGUCACCGUAGGAACAGAUGGAGCGGUCUCCGAUGUGACAGAGUCAGUGAAGUGCAAGUCAACAGAUGAACAGGUUAUCAAGGUGUCAGAGCGAUGUGACUAUGUGUAUGUCAAUGGAAAGGAGACAAGAGGAAAGACUAGGGUAGUGCUCAACUUUACCUACAGUUUCCUGAGUGCUCAGCUGGAGAUGAGCGUAUGGAUGCCCCGCCUGCCCUUGUUCAUCGAUGUGGCCGACCCUGAGCUCAGCCAGAUUAAGGGCUGGAGGGUCCCUGUUAGUACAGGGAACAGGAGGUAUGAGAGGGUCACGGAUGACAAGGAUCAUGAUGAUCCAGCAGCAGAGAGGACAGAGAAUGCUUGUGUGGCCCAAUAUCAGAGCACCACCCUGCGUGUCCUCACACACUUUGUGGCAGAUACCGGAGAAGUCCGAAGAGCCAUGGAGGAGGACGGGCUGGGCCAGCAGAACUUCCUCCUGGGUAGUGACUGGCAGGUGGAAGUCACACAACUGGUCAAGGAUACUCUGAGGGUCGAGGACCCGAAGGUUGCCCAACUGCUGGAGGGCCAAGUGCUAAUAGGACUGACCGCUGGAACCACCAAACUACAGGUGCUGUCCCCUCUGACGUCAUCGGUCCUGGCUGAGAGGAGCAUCAGGGUGCUGGAUGAUAAAGUGAGUGUGACAGAACUUGGGGUGCAGUUGGUAUCUGGACUCUCACUGUCCCUGCAGCUCAGCCCAGGGAGUAACAGAGCCAUCGUCGCUACUGCAACCACACAGGAAGUCAGUGAAACGCUCAAACAGGAGUCUCUUAUCAGUGCUUGGCUCCAAUUCAGCGAUGGAUCCAUGACUCCUCUAGACAACUACAACCCUGCCCAUUUUAUUCUGGCAGCCACCUCUUUGGAUGAACAAGUGGUAGCAGUGCAGCGCAAUGCAGCAUGGAAGUGGCCCGUCAUUGUUGCCAAGGGCGAAGGUCAGGGUUUGCUUGUGCGUGUUGAAAUGAGUCCGUCAGAAGUGUGCCAGAAGGGCAAGCGACGUACUGUUUUAGCCACUGGAAUGGCAAACAUACAGGUAAGGUUUGGUCAGCCAGAGGAGCAAUACAAACAACCAGGAGAUCGGCGAACACGGCCUGAUCCUCCUUAUUAUGGUGGAUCUCUCUCUGACAUGGAAACUGGGUUAAUCAACCGUGGAGCCACUACCAUCAGGGGCCAUGUUCCAGUGAGGCCUAAUGGGGACCAUCUAUCAGCGGACAGUGGUGCAAGAGUCCCAAGCGAAUUCUCUGAAUAUCCAGACCAGGCUGAGCUGCCUCGGAGCCGCAGCACUGAUGAAGACUUGUUGCCGUCUCGCCGAGGCCUGACAGACCUGGAGAUUGGUAUGUAUGCACUGCUGGGAGUCUUCUGCCUUGCCAUCCUGGUUUUCCUCAUUAACUGCAUCUCUUAUGCAUACAAAUACCGUAGCAAGCAGCUUUCACUGGAGGCCCCGGAAGCAAUGCCCCACGCCCACGACUGGGUUUGGCUGGGCCAAGAGGAGGGGCUAUGUCUGCAGCAACAGCAGCAGGAUGAGCUGGGUGGCACCCUAGAGGAAGGUAGUCAACUAUUAAAUGGAUGCAUCCAGCGUGGUAACGCUGGUGUGGGAGGCUGUAGCUCGAGUGGGAGGGAUCCCAGGAAUGAGUCACUUAACUCACCCACCACCAAAAGAAAGAGGGUGAAGUUCACCACCUUUUCCAAUGUCAAGUCCAGUAAUGGAUGUCCUGUGCUCAGCCCAUUAGCACUAGUGCAGACCAGUGAGAUAAAAUGGGUAUGUCCGGACAUUGAGCUUGGAGACUCAAAGGAUCUUAGGAACUACAUGGAAAAGCUGAAUGAAAAUGCAAUUAAGAACACUGCAUAGGGGGUACUGGGUGUUUUCAAUGAACUAAAGAGAAACUCACCUGAAUGCCUUCAUAAUAAGGAGGGAAUGAGAGCUAGAAGGAGGAAAGGGACGAAGAGUAGAGAAAGGGAUGAAGAAAACAGACUUGGGGUGCUGUUAAACUGUACCUCACCAAAGCAACAGG